CUGCAUCUUGGGUUUCAAAGAACUCUCCAGAUUCUAGACUGAGGAAGAGAACAAUAGUGUGUAUAUUUAUCUUGUCAAGGAGAAGAAUGGGAAGGCUUUUCUUGAUCACUCUUGAAGGGAAGUUCUACAGCUGCAAACACUGUAAAGUACAUCUCGCUUUGUCUGAGGAUAUAACAUCAAGGUCUUUCCAAAGCAGGAAUGGGAAAGCUUAUCUCUUCAGUAAGGUGUCAAAUGUUUAUUUUGGUGAGAGUGACGAUAGAAUGAUGAUGACUGGUCUUCAUACUGUUGUUGACAUUUUCUGCGUUGGUUGUGGUUCAAUUGUUGGAUGGAAAUAUGAGUUUGCCCAUGAAUUGAGCCAAAAAUACAAGGAAGGAAAAUCAGUCCUUGAAAGGUUUAAAAUAUCAGGACCAGAUGGAAGUAACUAUUGGGGUACUCCUACUGAAGCAACUCAUAUAAUAGUAGGUGGUGGAAGUGAUGCAGAUGACAUUUAGAUCUAUCUAAACUUCAUUUGUGGAAAUGUGGUUAUACAGUUUAAAUAUUAUUCUAAACCAACAUCCCUUUCUUCAUUGCAAAUGUAUAUUCUUCUUAAUUGUCCCCCCCCCUGCUGUUGCUGCUAUAUUUCUUACUUGACAUUAUGGAUUCUUCAAUUGAUAAUACUUUUAUCACAAAUUUCUUA